AUGCAGAAAACUCAUAUUGAACCUGUCGUGUUUUAUCAGUGGACAGCAAGGGCCAUUAUUAUGCUCUCUGCAGUCCGCAGCAGAAGAAAUUCUAAACAACUGGAUAGAGAAAGCGGGUUACUAGAGCAGAUACGCGACAACUUGUCCCUGGCAAUGGCCGAUUGCCGCGAAGGAAUUCCUCCUAUCAAGAUUCCUGGGUCUUAUUUUCAUCAGGCUUAUAAUAAGUUAUCCCAACAUCCUUUUGUAAAGCUACCUUCAUCUUGUGAUUCGUCAAAUGACCUUUUUUUCCGAAUUGGUAUUAGUUCCUUCCUGAAUCGACUUUUCCAGUCUGAUGAUGAAGAGAUGGAACUUCUUGCCAGUCAUGACAACCUUGAUGAUCUUGUUUUACAUUUAUUCAACAUUAUGUCUUCUCAUUACUUUUCAGUUGAAUUCACGUCUGUCAAAUUCCUCAUACAGUCUUCACAAUGGCUGUUCUAUACUUUGGCAGAGUGUGCAGAUGAAGAAUUGGAAGACCCUGAAAAUGCAUCUCUUUAUAGAUUCCUAAGUUUUUUGGCUGAAUGUUGGCCUAUAUACGAAAAAAACUGUACUCUCAGUAGACAUUUGUUUUUGCUAGGUGACUUCUCUCUCAUUAGUUACAUUAAGUUUAUGUGCGGCGUUUUCAAUUUCGCAAACUAUGAUGCUUUUAUUUCGGAAGUUGAAAAUUUGCUACCAGAGAACGUUCCCCUGGCCGCUGUCUCAGACAUUCAGAUAUCCAAGUACCGUGCUGUUAAUGAUAAAGCAGAAAUGAAACUUGAAGACUUUGCUGAUCAUUUUGCCUACGAAGCUUAUGUGGACAGAGAAUGUGUUUAUGCUGAAAACGUAACAAGUAGGAUUUUUGAUAAUUAUCCAGACUUGGCUGGAUUAUUUGGUGCGUCGCGCUUAUCGGAUAUGGAUGAUACUAUUCUGACCACCAUUCAAAAAUCCAAUCUUUAUAGUUUGCGUCCUGAUGAUUGUACCAUAUAUCUAUAUCGCCUUAUCGAGUCUUGUUUUGAUUACUGUCACAAUGAAGGUAGUGGUUUUAAUAAUAAUGUCUUAUGGAGUGUACUACGAAGUUUUUUUAAUGCAUGGCGCAUUCACCCAGGAACUGGCUGUUGUAUUGUUUUAGACGUUUUGCGGAAGUUUGUCGAAGAAAAUAUAUUAAAGUUUUCUCAAAUGCGUGAUCUAUUUCAUGCACUUUUUGUUCUUAUUCGUGAUUGUGAUUAUUCUACUUGGACCAUUCGUGAUUCUCAGCAAUAUUCUGAGCUAUUGUAUUACUAUCACCGUAAAGCGCUAAGCGAGUUAGUUGAAACUCUUGGUUUUUGCCCUCGUUCCUCUGAAGUGUCACGGCUUAUAUUGGACAUCAUGAACAAUUACAUUUUCUGCAAUCCUCUGUUUACUAAAAAUCAGAAUGACUUGAACGAUGUUUAUAAUAGUUUCUUUUCUGAUUUGCGAUUGAAAUUUUCUGAAUUUUUUUCUAAACUCGUAAAUCAAGAGUUAGCAGGAGAUCCGGAAACAGAUUUGGUAGGAUUACGAGUAGUUGGUAUGCAAUUGCAAGCUACGCACGAAACUCUGAAAGCUAAUUUCAAAACGAAAAUUUUUAAUCAACUGCUAGUCGCGGAUGUCUUUGCUGAAGUUACUCUUGAUUUAUAUUUUGAAAAAUUACCUACUUUAAUGAAGAAAUAUGUUAACAUUCCUUCUUCUGAAAUAUCGGAAACCAGUAUCGACCGAAUCAACUCUCUUUACAAGCAAUCACGAGAUAUUGUAACGAGCAUGAAUAAAUCCUCUCUCAAUUAUCCAGAGUUCUAUCGCUAUUUUAGUGUUGAAUUUGUUUAUCGAAACUUAAGCAUCAUUAUCGAAAAGGCUAUUGCUAGUAUUGUACCGGUUAUAGUCCAGGAAUCUUUCCUUCCACAGCAGGCAAGAUUUUGCUCGGAGUCGUCAAAGACAAUUUUGGAUCCACUCCAAGAGUCUUUUGAUUUUUUACAAAAGAUAGAUUGGCCGGAUGAUGGGGAAGUAUACAAGUUUUAUAUUCACAUUGGGAAAUUAAUCGAGAAACUAAUUCACCACUAUGUGAAUUGUCUUCAAAUCCUGUACUUUGCAAACAUUGAUGAUAAUAUUUUUAAUCCUAUGAAAGGUCAACAUUUUGAGGGCAUUCCCGUGGAUAAGCUCAAGGAAAAAGCCAAUAGUCUGCAUAAACAUUACGACAAGCCAAGUUCAUUUCAAGUAUAUGAAGAAUCCUUGACUCUAAUCAACACAGUGCGAUUGGUGAAAGACUGGAUGAUGGUAUUAAACCAACGGCUGGAUCAUAAAAUUAUAGAGGAAAAGUCUUUACCGUACAAGCAUGCAGAGUCAGUGAACUGCAAAUUUGUGUUUUCAGUCUUAGCGGCUCAUAUUAUGGUCCCUAUAGAUGCACCCUUUGAAUAUUAUGUUGUGCUUCAAGAUGAGAAGUCAGAAUUUUCAAGACAAACCCAUUCUGUUCGGGAUGCAAUUUUGCCUACAUGGAAAGAAAUGAUGGAAUUGAGAAUUAAAGGGCGGAAAUGUUAUAAAAUAGCGCUUUUUCAGAAGAAUUACGAAACAGGCUCAAAGGAAAUAUAUGGCUGUGCAAAUGUAGAAAUUGAUCCUGAAAAGUUCAAAAAGGAGCAUGAUAAGACUAUGUGGGUCGAUCUGAAUGAAGGUGGACGGGUUUUACUUAAAGAACAGGUGCUCAUAAUACGAGAAAGCCCAGGCUUUUAUUAUUCGAGUUUGGUCGAUUUCCUUUCCGUUUCUGAAGAAAAAAUGUUGAAUGCAAUGUCUGCAGGGUUAAUCACAUUCAUUCGUGGGUUUAUGGAACGAGGAGGCUUAUUCAAGCUUGUUCGAUACUUGAAUGAGGAAGGAGAACCAGAGCGGUCAAAUCCGGAAGAGGACCCAGAUUAUAAAACUGUGGCAGAACGAGAACAACAAGGUCUACUUGCCGAAAUGGAUGAAGUGUUUUACUGGUUUUAUGUGAACAUGUUGCCCAAACCACUAUUUAUUUUGCUAUCACGGUUAUGGUUUAAUCUUGUGGAAAUCAUCCGAGAUAUUUUGAUUCCUGUGACUUCAAAGUCACCAGCGUUGCAGAGGAUACCGUUAAACCGCAAAGAGCUUCGGGUUGUCUACUCAUGGCUCAAUUUGUUUUAUGAUUUCUUCCAAAACUUUCGGGACAUUGUUCCUCUUGAUUUUCUCAACACAGAUGAUUACAAGAGUGUGAAAUCCCUUAAGGACUAUUACUUUGUAAAAGGUCAUGCUAUGGAUGAUGAUGACGAUGACGACGACUUGUAG